CUUUGCUAAGGGGUUCACGAUAAUGCCAUGUAAUCAAUCACUCGGUCUUGCCAUCGGACCGCGAAGAUAUAAAGAGGGUCUCAUCCUUCCCUGCUGUCCAUCCUCAGAUCCUCAAUCAACUCAAAGUUCAGUGUCCAUUUCUCUUCCCUACUCAGUCACAAAGACAAACCCUCACAAACCACCUUUACAAACACAAUGAAGUUCUCCACCGCCCUGUCCUUCCUCGCCGCCGCCGGCACCAUGGUCUCCGCGACCCCCGACGCCAACGAGCAGUCGCUGCAGAACAAGCUCAUGGACGCCGUCAACUCCGGCAAGCUCCAGGCCACUACUUCCAGCAAAGCCGAGGACAAGUCUAAGUGUCUGCCCCCGCUGCUGUGCUGCGGCUCCCUGGCCACUCCCCUGGACCCCCUGGUCGACCCCAUCCUGGAGGGUCUCGGCAUCAACGCCGCCGAGAUCGUCGGCUCUCUCGGCCUCCUGUGCCACGCCUACGAGAAGGACUCUUGCGACUCCGCUCCCAAGUGCUGCACCGAGGUCAACCUGCUGGGUGGUCUCCUCGCCGUCGGUUGCUCCGAUGCCGAAUAAAUCAGCCGAUGAAAUCCACGCCUCUGGUCCGGGGACCCGGAUGGGGACGCGUGCGGGCCACCAGAAAUUCUACCCGAGUUUGGU